AUGAAUUACAAUAAUAUUAAUAAUAAUCCAAAUCCUGUCCCAUUACAACAAGCAAAUAUUCCAGCACCACCACUACGAAGAUAUGAACGUCGUCGUGGUGGUGUUUUGGGGGGCAAUAAUUAUUAUAACAAUAGGGGCAAUUAUUAUAAUAAUAAUGGGGGCAAUUAUAAUAAUAAUAAUAACAAUAAUGGGUACUUUUAUCCAAAUAAUCAAAAUUAUCAAAAUUAUCAAGGUUAUCCUAAUUAUCAAGGUAAUCGUCGAAAUUUUAUUCCUCGAAAUACAUAUUAUAAUCGAAACUAUAAUCAAAAUUAUAUGCCACCACCACCACCGAUUAUGCAAAGAAGAUUCAAUCGAAGUCAACAACAACAACAACAACAAAGACGACAAAGUCGUUCAAGUCGAUCUCAAAAUCGAUCACGAAAUGGUUCAAAUCAACAACAACGACAACGAAGUCAAUCAAGACAACCGCCACAAAGAAGAAAUCGUCCAAGACAACUUCGUUUAAAUGAUUUUAUGCCAACAGAAUUUCGUGAUCCUUCACCAACUACAACUUCAAAUCUUCCAUCGGAAUUCAAUCUAGGUGCAACAACAACAACAGAAGCUGCUGCUAUAACGACAGCUCCACCUGAUGCAUUACCUCAAAGAGAACGUUUUGCAGCUACAACAACAACGGCAUUUGAUACAAACAAUUAUACACAGCCGUUUAUAGUUAAUCGACAACAACAAUCUACAACUUCGUCACAUCGACGUCAAAUACGUCGAGGCAAACAACAGCAACAACGAUAUCGUCCAACUUCUAAUAAGAAUAACAAUCGAUUUGCUUUACUUAGUGAUAAUAAUGAUAAUGAUAAUAAUAUUGUUGAUAAUGAUAAUGAUAAUAAUAUUGUUGAAAUCGAUGCACCUAUUACAGCAAAUCCAUAUAAUAAUAAGAAAGAUAAAAUGAAGAAGAAGAAAACUCAUCUAUAUCUCGAACCGACUCGAAUGUUAAGAUGGUUCGAAGAUAAUUCAAAAAGUUCAAAAAAUUCUAUUAGUGGUCGUGGUAAUCAAGCCUAUCUAUUAGCUACAGCUCCAAUUUACGAUGAAUGGAUUCGUAAUAAUUAUGAAUUACAAGUCUGGCAAACUUAUUCAAAAAUAGCUACUGAAAAUAAACAUUGGGCUAAGGAAGUAAUUCAACGUACAAAAAGACGUGAUGAUACUACUAAUAGUCGUUUUGUUCAGAAGAAAAUAAAUCAAUUAAUGACUAGUAUAGCUCAAGCAAGUGCUAGUAUUUCUGACUUACAAAUACAAUUAGCUACCUAUUGGGAAUACAAUGCAGCUGAAAUAACAGCUCAAAAACAGGCCCAAACAACAGCUGAAUUAACAACUAAUUUAAUAAUUGAAAGAACAGGUCUUACAACAACAACAACACGAGUAAGAAGUCCUAUUCUAGCACCAAAUACAAUGGCAACAACAGCAUCAACCAUUACCAAAGGACAACAUCGUGAUCCUGUUGAACGUCUCGAAAAACAUAUAUUAGAAUAUAUCCAUCAUUGUACUUUACAUGUUAAGAAAAUGGCUGAAAAUCGUAUUCAAUUAGCUAAAGCUCAAAUGGCUGAAUUUAAAGCUUUAGAAGAUUUUGAACAAAUAGCUACACCAUCUCAAUGGAAUAUUCACUUAAUGCUAAAACCUAAAGUAAAACUUUGUUCAACCAAAAACAAAAAUAAAAUAAUUGCAACAAAACGAGUUGAAUACGAUUUACCUCCAAAAUUCAUUAAUAAAAUGGAAUUCACAUUCAAAAUCGAUGAAUCCAUUUUAAAUAAAGAUGAAAUACAAGCAACAUACAAUGAAAUGCGUCAAAUUACAAAAGACUUUCGUACUCAAGCAAUGAAACUAUAUGUUCAAUCAUUAGGUCGUGAACAUGAAUUAUUAUCAAAUGAAAUCAAACGUAUUAUUGAAGGUUUUCCAAGCGAGAACGAUGAUGGCUUUGAUGCUGAAGCUGGUUGUGCAGCAUUUAAACAAUAUCAUGAAUUACCGAGUCGAGGACGAAGAAAACAAUCCAGAACCUGUCGCCGUCCCGACUCUUAUUCGAUCACUGGGCGAGGAUUUCUUGCUCCAGCCAUAAUCAAUCAAGCAAAUAUCAAAUUAACAGAGCAAGAACAUCAAUUAUUAAGAUUAGGUCCCCGAUUUAUAUUUGAUGAUCCAAAAACAGCCGCUCGACGACGGACAACUGAAUUGGCAACUCUGAAACGAAAAUUAGAAGCUCGAUUCUUCGAAAAGAAAGUACGCCCCGGUCGUCCAGUCGAACAAUUUAUUGCUGAAUUAGAUGUCUUGCUCCAAAACUUACAUAAUAUUCCUACUACUAAUAAGAAACGAAUACAAUUUAAUAGAGCUCGAACAAAUAAAUCAUUUGAUAACUUAUCCUCAAUUAUUCAACCAAGUCAAUCAAGUCAAUCUCAAACUAUUAUUCGUCCAAAAAUUAAAACCAAUUAUGGUCGAACAAUCAAGAGAUUAAAAUAUAAAAUUCAUCUGGCUAAUACAGUAUUAAGAAAAACUGAUAAAUCGAAAGUAUUUCAUUUAGGUAAAGUUGAUCAUUAUCAAAAGAAAUCAGAAGAAUAUAUGGAGAAAACCAAAGCAUAUCAAUGUCUUGGUAUUAUUGAUCCACUUCCUGAUUUAAUUCAACGAACAAAUAAAUACCUAUUAGAUUUAAGACUGGCCAAAUGGAUUACUCAAAAACAAUAUGAGCAAUUAAGUAUUAAACCAAAUGAAGUCGAACUGGCUCACUUAUAUUAUUUACCAAAAGCUCAUAAACCUGGUACUCCUUUAAGACCAAUUAUUUCUGGUCUAAAACACCCAACAAUUAAAAUAUCAAAAUAUCUUGAUGAUUUACUUCGACCGAUAUUCGACCAGAUGGCCUUGAAUUCUACUGUUACUUCUGGUUUUGAAUUAGUUAAAAAAUUACAAGAAUGGUCAACAGUUAAUAUGUGUCAAGAUACAACAUUUUGUACAAUUGAUGUCACAGACCUUUAUACUAUGGUGCCUCAAAUAGAAGGAGUAUUAUCUUUAAGAAAAAUGUUAGACCACUUAAAAUUGAAAGAAGUUGGUAAAUUAAAAGUUGAAACGAUUAUUAGAUUAAGUCGAUUUGUUAUGACAAAUAAUUACUUUUCUUAUAAUGGUCAAUUUUAUCAUCAAGUAAGAGGAGGAGCUAUGGGUUCUCCUCUUACUCUAACUAUUUCCAAUUGUUAUAUGUACUUCUUUGAAAGACAAAUAGUUAAUCAAAUUCGAAAUAGUGGUGGACUUUAUUUCCGAUAUAUUGAUGAUAUAUUUAUUACAAUUAAUUGGCCUGCUAGACAUUUACUUAAACAAAUCGAAAGAUGGAAUAAAUUUGACGAAAAUAUUAAUUUAUCUGCAAAUAUUGGUUCAGCCGUUAAUUUUCUAGAUUUAAAUAUGGAAAAUAAAAAUGGCCAAUUAAUUACAAUGGUUUAUCAGAAACCAUCGUAUGAACCAUAUUAUUUGCCAUUUAAUAGUAUUCAUCCAUUGCAUAUGAAAAAGAAUAUUCCAUUUGCCAUGCUAUUACGUGCUUUUAGAUAUUGUUCAACUUUUGAAACUUAUCUUAAUGAGCGUGAAAAAUUAAGAAUGGCACUUUUAUUAAAUAAAUAUCCAAAUAAGAUUAUCGACGAACAAUUCAAUAAUAUGUUAUUAAAAUUCAGCGUCAACGAGCCAUUAACAUCUAACAAUUAUAAUAGAUAUCGCCAAAACAUUAUAAACUCUCCUAUAAAAGAGAAACUAGUGGUAAACUACGAGAAGUCAAUAUUCGUCCAUUUUACAUACUGCUCAAAUAUGAGAACAUUUCCCAAAAAAUUCCACAUAUUAUGGGAGAAAUAUUUUGGCAUGUCUCCAAUCAACGAAGUUAUUCCAGUUCUUGGUUCAAGAAAUGUUGAUAAUCUUCAAAGACGUCUGGUACAUACUAGAUCAAUAAAUCUAUAG